AUGAAACAAGAUUAUUAUAGCCUUGACAUAUAUUUUGUUGAAACCGAUCAAGCUACAUCAUUCUACGAAUAUGCUAAAUCUGGACGGUUUUAUAUUAACGGGAAAAUGUACGUACCUCGCCAUCGUCCCAGUAAUCCGCAGGUUCAGCCAAGAGAUCAAAAGCUUGCUAGGGCCAUGAUAGUCGAUAAAGUCCGCCGAUGUAUUGAGUUGAGUUGGAACACCAACUACGAGCAAAUCUCCAAACAUCAGAGACAUCGAUUAUAUAUUCAGAAAGACGGAAACGGAAAACUUCGCACAAAGCCAGUAUUGUACCAUGAUAAGCACCCUUCUCUAGUUGAAAAUCCCUCAGAUUUCAAUCACCGGCACCCUAUUCAGAAAUGGCCAUUUGCCCUGCGAAAUAAUCUCCCUUAUGGGAAAGACCAGCCCAAGACUUCCUCUAACGUAGACUACCAACACGCUGCAAACCGUCAUAGCCACCGUCCCAGUAUUAACCCAUCAUCCAUUGAAAAUGGCAACCCAUUUAAUGUUAAUCUAGACAUUACUCUGGGAGAUAUCAAAGAAAGUUUUAGUACUUUGGGUGAGAUAGUAUCUAUUUUGCCUAUGAUCCGCCCUUUGCCAACAAUUUUGAUCGAAUACGCAGAUGUUAAAUCAGCAAUCCAGGCACAUCGGGUAUUUUCUGAACAUGACUAUUCAAAUCCUAUCUGGGUGAAAUUUUUCGAGAAAUGGACGCUUGCGUAUGCCAUGGAUGUAACUGAUCGAACAUGCCCGCCGGGGUGGGAAUGA